GAAAUGAGAAUAAUUACAGAUUGAGACUUCUGUGUUUAAAUGAGUCGCGACCGCCAAGAUGGCAACAAUACGUUUCGGUCUCAUUCUCGUUGCUGUUAUUUUCAGUGAUGUUGGAUGUAUUCCGCCGCCGGUGCCAGAAGGCUUGGAGUGGGACCCCGUCAGCGUUGUGAUUCCACUCAAUUCGACAGACAAUUAUUCCUCCCUACAACGGCUGUUGCGUGCCUCUUACAAGACCCGGUACGUGAGCAAGAAUGCCAUUAACCAUAACGACCCUGGGGGCUACAGGAUCAGGGUGGACGCCACAACCUAUGUCAGCGACCAUGCCUUAGAUACAGGGGCUGAAAUAAUCCACCGUAUGACGAGUCACAUGUCGAGUACCACAUUCAACCGCCUUGCCUCCCAUGCUACUGUCGGUAUUUUCACAUCCUGGGAGCAUAUAACUAUCUUCCCCGAGUAUUACAGCGUUGCCAACCCGGCCGGAUGCUGUGAACAAGACCAUACGUGUUGUGCCGGGCAGUGUAGGACGUCCUGUACGUUUGACGGCCGGAAGUACUUCAAACUGGCGGGAGCCGGCGGCCAGCGGACCGGGAUCCUUGAUGACAACAUUUUGUGUAACAGCGCGGACCCUUACCACGGCAAAGCCAAUAUUCUCGUCCACGAGUUUGCUCACACGGUUAAACUCCACGGACUGGAUGGAUGGAUGCACACAAGAAUAACAAUUGCGUUUAACGCCGCUAAGGGAAACCACGCCUGGGCUCCAGGACAAUACGCCAUGCAGACGGAAGAGGAGUACUUCGCCGUCGGAAGCAGCGUCUUCAUGAACGCUGAUCGCCUCGGGCCCGACACUAAUGUGCACGGGGGAUUGCAGAUAAACACGUGCGGUUCCACGGCGUGCAGCACGGAGUACGCCGGUAAGACGAACAUCUAUAACCACGACAUCACGCUCUAUUCUAUAUUGAUAGAGGUCUAUGGAAACAACCAAGACAUAACCUACAACCUAUCACCGUGCGUCCGGAUUUAACCCUUUUACUAAGCACACUUAUGAAUUUGUUUGGAAUUUAACAAUGUGUUGUAUUACAGUCAUAUGGUUCAUUUUGUUUAUGAACCCGUCAAUUAAAUUUAA